AUGUCUUCUCACGUCGCCUUCCGCCACUCGGAGCGCUCCUCGCACCACAACAUGCGCGUCGUGUCUGAGCCCAAGCCCACGCCCAACGAGGUGCUCGUGCAGAUUCGCGGCGUGGCACUCAACUACCGAGACAUCGCCGUGGCCGACAGCACCUACCCGUUCCCGGUCAAGGACAAGGUGGUGCCGUGCUCGGACGGUGCGGGCGUCGUCGUGGACGUCGGUUCGGCCGUGGACGGCUUCGAGCUCGGCGACAAGGUCAUCACCAACUUCGACGUGAGCAACCUGUACGGCCCGCAGCAGGACUGGGCCCACUCUCUCGGCGGCAUGCUGAACGGCGUACUGCGCCAGUUUGUGGCGUUGCCGGCCCAUGUACUGACCAAAAUGCCCAAGGAUUCCACGCUGAGCUUCGUGCAGAUGGCGUCACUCGUGUGCACGGGCGUCACGGCCUGGAACGCGCUGUACGGGAACAUUCCGCUUAAGCCGGGCCAGACCGUGCUGUUCCUGGGCACGGGCGGCGUGUCCAUCACGGGGCUGCAGCUGGCCAAGGCGGCGGGCGCCACCACCAUCAUCACGUCCUCGUCCGACGAGAAGCUCAAGUUCGUGCAGGAGCGCUUCGGCCCGGACCACACCAUCAACAACCGCACGACGCCGGACUGGGCGGCCGAAGUCAUGCGCCUCACCAACGGCCACGGGGCCGACUUCGUGAUCGAGAACGGGGGCUCGGGCACCAUCAAGUCGAGCAUCCAGGCUUGCGCGCGCGGCGGCAUCGUGGCGGUCAUCGGCUUCCUGUCGCAGGCCAAGCAAGAAGACAUGCCCGACGUCGCGAGUCCGGCGCUGGCCCAGGGCUGCGUCGUGCGUGGCGUCGUGGUGGGCAGCCAGCAGUUGCUGCGCGAGCUCGUCAACUUCGUGGCCCAGCAGGGCAUCCAGCCCUACGUCCAGAAGACGUUCGGCUUCGAGCGCGAUUCCGUGCUGGAGGCGUUCGACUUCCUCAAGUCCGGCCGCCACAUCGGCAAGAGGGAUAAUGACCUUUAA